CCCGCCCACUUGCUUGGCUGAAGAGCCCUGGAAACUUAUCAAAAAUCCCACCUGGAAUUGCGUGGCAUCUCUGUUAACCAUUCGUGCCAUUGAAUCCAUAAGAAGUACGCGUCAAGUGGCGUCUCAAGUGCGUAGCUUUCCUUGUAACCCCCGUGCCGCCGACGCUGUAAUAAAAGAAACACAGCCGAGCCCCUCUCCUUGGGUUGGUUGCCAAGUUGGUCUCCGCCAUCAGCUCCCUCUCGGCCCCGGCAUUCCUAUCCGCUCCGCAGCAGAGACAAACAAACCGCCGACCCCCCAAAGCGGCUUACUGUUAUAUAACCUCCCCCAUAUGCCGUCUUCUGGAACACCUCAAACCUCCCGUUCCCGCCGGUCCCCCAUCUUGAUAGCCACCUCCUUAACUGUCCUCCUCCUGAGCGCCGCUGUUCUCCUCUCCAAGACCAUCUUCACCAACCCAACAACGUCCCCCAUCCAACAAGACUCUCCCAAGAUGGGCGGCGGACCAGUCACCCCCGGCUACCGCAGCGUAGCCUACUUCGUCAACUGGGCCAUCUACGGCCGCAAGCACCGCCCGCAAGACCUCCCCGUCCAGAACCUCACCCACAUCCUCUACGCCUUCGCCAACGUCCGCCCCGAGUCGGGAGAGGUCUACCUCACCGACACCUGGGCCGACACCGACAUCCACUGGGAAGGCGACUCCUGGAACGACUCGGGCACCAACCUCUACGGCUGCCUCAAGCAGCUCAACAUCCUCAAGUCCCGGAACCGCAACCUCAAAGUCCUCUUGUCAAUCGGAGGAUGGACCUACUCCUCCAAUUUUAAACAGCCCGCCUCCACCCCGGAGGGUCGUGAGAAUUUCGCGCGCACCGCCGUUGACCUUCUCAAAAACAUGGGCUUCGACGGCCUAGACAUAGACUGGGAAUACCCCUCCUCCCAAACCGAAGCCUCCCACCUCGUCUCCCUCCUCUCCACCCUCCGCUCCCACCUCGACGCCUACUCCUCCACCCUCCCCUCCCGACCCCACUUCGAACUCACCGUCGCUUCUCCCGCCGGCUUCCAAAACCUCCAGAAUAUGGACCUCCCCGGAAUGGACAGGUACCUCGACUUUUGGAACCUGAUGGCCUACGACUACGCCGGAUCGUGGGACUCCACCGCCGGCCACCAGGCCAACCUCUUCCCCUCCCCUCAUAACCCGCAGUCUACCCCUUUUAGCACCGACGCCGCAGUGAGCCAUUAUGUCAGUCAGGGUGUCCAUCCGGGCAAGAUCGUGCUGGGAAUGCCACUGUACGGGAGGGCCUUUCAGCAGACUGACGGCCCCGGCGGUCCCUACAGUGGUGUGGGCGAGGGGACGUGGGAGAAUGGUGUGCAUGAUUACAAGAAGUUGCCAUUGGAGGGGUCGGAGGAGAGGUAUGAUCAUGAGGCGGGCGCGAGCUACUGCUACCACCCCGGGACGAGGACCAUGGUGAGCUAUGAUACUGUUCCCUUGGCUAGAAGAAAGGCGCAGUAUGUCGUAGACAGGGGCUUGGGUGGUGGCAUGUGGUGGGAGAGUUCAGCUGAUAAGGAAGGGCCCGAAAGUCUGAUCGCCAACGUGGUUGACACCUUUGGUGGGCCAGGAGCGUUGCAGUACAAGGAGAACUGCGUCACCUAUCCGGAUACCAAGUACGAUAACUUGAGGAAUGGGCUGUAAGGUAACAAAGGACAAGACAAAUAAAACAGACAAGCACAGAGACACCCAAAUGUAAUGAACGAAAAGAAUCGUGGGGAUGGGCUUAGGAUUUGCUACCUUGCGACCCUUUCCAGAACCACAACGCAGACGAUGACGGGAACUCUCUAUCAAAGAGUCGAGAUAUCGUGAUCAUGUCGCAUCCCAAAUCGCAUUUCCUCGCCAUGUCAGAGCCAGAAUAUGCCCCCCUAUCUAAAGGUACAUAAACGCCGAUGAAGAAAAUCAGUCACAGCCCCGUUCCUAGCUCAAUGCUUUUCCGUCCCAGUCCCAUGUUUCGCCUUCUUUUUGUUGAUGUUGGGCAAUUAAGCCUUCUCGAAGACGUAGGUGAGGUGGCAGCGACCGCAGUACUGGCGAUCCUGCAUGGCGGCCAUGAAGACACCGGCACCGCACUGGAGAGAGAAAGUUUAGCCUGUGUUGAGGGACAGAAACAAAAAGGAGGGGAAGGCAUACGCUCUCGUUGGGGCACUCGCGGCGGAGGCGCUCAAUCUUGCCGUCAGAGUCGACCUUGUAGUACUUGAGGACGGCGAGUUUGGUCUUUUUCCGCUUGUGCUUGAUUUUCUUGGGGGUGGUGUAGACCUUCUUUUUUCUCUUCUUGCCACCACCGCGGAGGCGGAGGACCAAGUGGAGGGUGCUCUCCUUCUGGAUGUUGUAGUCGGAGAGGGUGCGGCCAUCCUCGAGCUGCUUGCCGGCGAAGAUCAGGCGCUGCUGGUCAGGGGGAAUGCCCUCCUUGUCCUGGAUCUUGGCCUUGACAUUGUCGAUGGUGUCGCUCGACUCCA